GGUCGCUCGCAGAUUCCCCCGACCGUUUGGGAGCUCGAUCGAAUUCAUCGAGCGACUCCAGCGACAUGGAGAGCAUACAGAAGGCCGUGCGCGACCUCGUCAAGGACGUCAAGCUGAGCACCUCGCGUCCGCCGGCGCCGCCGUCCGGGAGCACGCAUUUCGGCGGCGAAGGGAGGGCUCCCGGAGUCGGGGUCGCCCUGUCGGCUGCGGAGCAUCCUCCCAUCCUGUUCACCAGGAACCCUCGAGGGGUGGUAUCUUUGUGGACUUGUUCGAAGCUGUGCGCGAUUUCCCUUGUUGCUGGCGUUUUUUUGGGCUACACUUUGAAGCGCCGGGUCCGAGGCUGGGUUUCAAAGCUCCUCAAGAGAUUGAAAGAUGAUUGAUGCUGGGCAAUUCUUGGUCAAAUGUGCUCUGUCAUACGUGAAUCUGGUGCCGACUUGGAGCUUUGUUACGGGGCGAAAUCUGUUGUGACAUAUGACAUAUGCAAGCUCCUUUAUUGCCUUGAAUUACCUCAUGGAUUACCCAAAUAUACUAUCGGCCUCCUUGUGCAAUACCUUAUCUCUCAUCUGUGAGAUUAAUUAUCUCCUUUGUCCA